AUGGACGACGAUCACGGCCGCAAGCGAAAGCUGCCGCCGGGACUUGCGCCACCGACCUAUCGAAGUGACGAAGUCGGGGCAUCGUCAGGGAGUGGAAAGGCAACUCCAUCGUUCUCCAUCGGUAUGUCGAAGAAAUCCAGGUUUGAUCGGGAGAAAGAGCUGCGUGAGCAGAAGCAAAAGGAAGCCGACGAGGAGACAAAGAAAGCGUACGCGUCGUUCGUGGCAUCGUUCGACCAAGACGACAGUGGACCGCGCUUUGUGCCUUCAGACGAUCAUGCUGCUGCUACCACGUCCAAACCUCGGCCGUUCUCGCUCACUCCCCCACCCUUGUCGCGUCCACAGGCAGGAGGUCCUCCGCGCCAUCAACCGUUCCCGCCGCCACUGGUGUCGCGGCCCCAACCGCCGCCGCCGACUCACAUACCCGCUGCUCCAAAGGACGUGGCAGCGAAGAAACCUGCGCCGUUUGCGUUCGCCAUGGACGACGACGACGACGACGUGCCACAGGUGAUCCCCAAGCGCAAAGCUCGCGAAAUGGAUCGUUUUCUCGAGGAAAUCAAAGACAGUGGCUUUGAGCCUGUGGCCGCGUCUCCAUACGACACUGGCGCCGAUGAGGACAGCACCAAUUUGUACGUGAACAACUUGGCGCCGUCCGUGACCGAGACCCAGCUACGCGCACUAUUUAGUGCCCAUGGCCCCAUCUACUCGAUCAAAGUCAUGUGGCCCCGCACCGAUGAAGAGCGCGCUCGAGGUCGGAACUGUGGCUUUGUGUGCUUUUGCAAGCGGUUGCAUGCCGAUUCUGCCCGCAUUCACCUGCACGAAACCAAGCUGGAAGGACUCGAAAUCUCUGUGAGUUGGGGCAAGGCGGUGAAAAUGGACCCGGCCCUUGUUGCAGGCAUCACCUAUCUUGGUUCCACCCCCUCGACCUAUCUUGGUUCCACCUCCUCGACCGCUUUUGGCCCCGCCCCCUCGACCACUCGUGUCCCGCCUUCGACCGUGAUCGUGGAAAUCCCGGCCGACAAAGAACUCACGGCCCUGAUCAAUUACGUGGCACGCUGUGUGGCCCGAGACGGCCCCAAGUUUGAAGACCUGAUGCGGCGGUCGCAACUGGAUGCAAAAUAUGACUUUUUACGGGCGCCCCCGACAUCGAGCUUGUUUAUUUACUACAAGUGGAAGGUGUAUUCCUUGCAAAUGGGAGACACUGAUACGACGUGGCGGACGAUGGGGUUCCAGAUGGUCCCGAACGGAUCGAUGUGGAUUCCGCCGCCAAAUCCGGACGGAGAUGCGCCGCCGCCGUCCACCAACCAUCCCCCCAGUGACACAUCGUCGUAUCAGCGCAGCCCUACCAACAACCCCAACAUCAUCAUGACUGGCCAGCAGUUGGCAGCUGCCAAGGACAGGGAAAAGGGCCACCGCGCCAGGUUUGAAUUGUCAGGGCGUGAAUACGACACAUUGUGUUCAUAUCUUGAAGACGUGACCAUCGACCGGCAGUCCAUCUGCGACGUGAUGGCAUUUGCGCUCGACCACUCCGAGUGCGCCGUGGACAUUUCAUCUACGAUCGUCCGGUCCUUCCACGUCGGCGACUCCCGCGAGUCCAAGCGUGUCCAUCGUCAUGUGCCUGCCAUGGCAUAUGUGGCGCGCCUGUUUGUUGUGUCGGACAUUUUGCACAACUCGAGCGCGCCGCUCAAGAAUGCUUCCCUGUAUCGCACCCAGUUUGAAGAGACUUUGCCUGAUAUCAUGGACACACUCAACGCCGUGGGCCACGCGAUCGUCGGGCGCAUGUCGUAUAACGCCAUGCGCGACAAGGUGCUCAGUGUCCUGCAUGCGUGGGGCCAGUGGAGUCUGUUCCCGCCCCCGUAUCUCAUAGGCCUAAACGCAACGUUCUUGCAAAAAAGCCGUGAAGUAGAGGAAGACAUGGACGUCGUGUGCGCCGCCAUGGACGCCGACACGUUGGCGUUGAACGACGAGCGACUCAAACGCAAGUGCCGCCAUGCGGGGCUCGUUGCCGCGGGAUCCAAGCACGACAUGUACCGACGGCUGUACAUGCUCAAGAAGUUUACAUCUGUCGGAGAUGGACGCCGUCAAGAUGAGAUUGACGACGAGGAUGGGGAUGUGGAUGGUGAACCCAUGGAAGAAGACGAAGAUGACAUUGACGGCGUGCCAUUAGAUGACGAUAUUGACGGAGUGCCGCUAGAUGGAGACGACGACGUCGACGGUGAACCCAUGGACAUGGCCGACGAUUGA